UCGCAGUGUAUGCAAUACUACUGACAAUUAAUUUUUUUUAUUCUGUCAGAAAAUCACGAUUACGUUGUGUAGACGACGUGACUGAAGCAACAACGAUCAUGGCCGGUGACAAUUCUUAUAAGCACUUACUGAAAACUUUAGAAUAUGGUUCAAAACAAUAUCGUUAUUAUGAUGUCACUCAAUUUGGAGAAAAAUAUGACAGACUACCAUUCUCGAUAAGAGUUUUAUUAGAAAGCACUGUCAGAAAUUGCGAUGGAUUUCAAGUGAAAACUAGCGAUGUAGAAAAACUCAUCGAUUGGGAGAUCAAUCAAACGAUUCCUGAAGGAGUUGAAAUAGCAUUCAAACCGUCUAGAGUCAUUUUACAAGAUUUUACUGGAGUUCCAGCAGUCGUAGAUUUCGCUGCUAUGAGAGAUGCCGUGAAAAAAUUGGGCGGUAAUCCUGAUAAAAUAAAUCCCAUUUGUCCUUCAGAUCUCGUGAUUGAUCACUCCAUACAAGUUGAUUUUAUUAGAAGCUCGGACGCAUUAAAACAAAAUGAAGAGAUUGAAUUCGAGAGGAACAAGGAACGCUUUAUGUUCCUAAAAUGGGGAGCUAAAGCAUUUGAAAAUAUGUUAAUAGUACCACCAGGAAGCGGUAUCGUGCAUCAAGUGAAUUUAGAAUAUUUAGCCAGGGUGGUGUUUGAUAAUAAUGAUCUUCUUUACCAUGAUAGUGUGGUUGGAACAGAUUCACACACGACUAUGAUUAAUGGUCUUGGUGUUCUUGGGUGGGGUGUUGGAGGAAUAGAAGCAGAAGCUGUUAUGUUAGGUCAAGCAAUGUCUAUGUUAAUACCUAAAGUUGUUGGUUACAAGUUAGAAGGCGUUUUAAAUCAAUACGCAACAUCAACAGAUUUGGUACUUACUAUUACUAAGAAUCUUCGCCAAGUAGGAGUUGUUGGAAAGUUUGUUGAAUUCUUUGGUUCCGGUGUAUCUCAAUUAAGUAUAGCGGAUCGUGCGACGAUUUCAAAUAUGUGUCCCGAGUACGGAGCUACCGUUGGAUUUUUUGCCGUGGAUAAACAGAGCUUAGCAUAUCUCAGACAAACUAAUCGAUCAGAAGAACAUAUUGCGAAAAUUGAGAAAUAUCUGAGCGCUUUACAUAUGUUAAGAAAUUACGAAGACGAGCAGCAAGAUCCUAUAUACUCUGAAGUUAUUAGUUUGGACUUGAAUACCGUAGUUUCCAGCGUUAGCGGCCCAAAAAGACCUCACGAUCGAGUUUCUGUAUCUGACAUGAAGGAAGAUUUUAAAAAAUGUCUUUCCAAUAAGGUAGGAUUUAAAGGAUAUGGUUUAAGUCCGGCGAAACUGGACAAUGUUGGAAUGUUCGAGUAUAAAGGAAAAGAUUAUAAAUUACGGCACGGUUCGGUAGUUAUUGCAGCGAUUACCAGUUGUACAAAUACUAGUAAUCCCAGUGUCAUGUUAGGAGCAGGUCUUUUGGCUAGAAAAGCCGUUGAAGCUGGAUUAUCGGUUGCGCCGUAUAUAAAAACAUCUCUAUCACCUGGAUCUGGUGUAGUUACGUAUUAUCUUCAGGAAAGCGGCGUCAUUCCGUAUUUAGAAAAAUUAGGCUUUGAUGUCGUUGGUUACGGAUGUAUGACUUGUAUCGGAAACAGUGGUCCUCUUCCAGACGUGAUAGUAAAUACUAUCGAUAAGAACGAACUAGUAUGCUGUGGUGUAUUAUCCGGAAAUCGAAAUUUUGAAGGUAGAAUUCAUCCAAAUACGCGAGCAAAUUACUUGGCAUCGCCGCUUCUAGUUAUUGCAUAUGCUAUUGCUGGUACUGUGGAUAUAGAUUUUGAAAACGAAUCUUUGGGAUACAGGAAGGAUGGAUCACCGAUAUUUCUUCAAGAUAUAUGGCCUACGAGAUCAGAAAUCCAAAGCGUAGAACAAAAAUAUGUUAUACCGGCUAUGUUUAAAGAAGUAUAUGAUAAAAUAGAAAAAGGUAGCAGCAGUUGGGCAAAUUUGUUAGCUCCCAAUGGUAAAUUAUAUCCUUGGGAUUUAAAUUCCACAUAUAUACAAAAUCCACCAUAUUUUGAUCAUCUCCAGAAGGAAAUUCCUAAAAUACAAUCUAUUACUAACGCACGUGUACUUUUGAAUCUCGGUGAUUCUGUAACAACCGAUCAUAUUAGCCCUGCUGGUAGUAUUGCACGUAAUUCUCCAGCAGCAAGAUAUCUUGCGAGUCGUGGAUUGACACCAAAAGAAUUUAAUUCUUAUGGUUCGCGGAGAGGGAACGACGCUGUUAUGGUGCGGGGAACUUUUGCAAAUAUACGUUUACUUAAUAAAUUUAUUGGUAAACCUGGGCCACGAACAAUUUAUAUUCCAACUAACGAAGAGAUGGAUAUAUUUGAUGCUGCAGAGAAAUACAAAAAAGAUAAUAUUUCUCUAAUAUGCUUAGUUGGUAAGGAAUAUGGAUCUGGAUCUUCCAGAGAUUGGGCGGCAAAGGGUCCAUACCUUCUUGGAAUACGAGCAAUAAUAGCUGAAUCUUACGAAAGAAUUCAUAGGUCCAAUCUUGUAGGGAUGGGCAUUAUACCAUUACAAUAUCUUCCAGGACAAAAUGCUGAAUCCUUGGGAUUAACAGGUUAUGAAAAAUUUAAUAUUAUUCUCCCUGAUGAUUAUCAGCCUGGUCAAAAUGUUACAGUUACAACUGAUCAAGGCAAAAGGUUUGACGUAAUUGUACGUUUUGAUACAGAAGUUGAUUUAACUUAUUAUCGGCAUGGAGGUAUUCUUAAUUAUAUGAUUAGAAAAAUGCUCUGAUAAGUUUUUCAAUCGCGUUAAAUUAAUAUAAUUUAAAUGAACAAAUGUUACUUAAGGAGAUACUUAAUUCAUGCUUAAUGAUUGUUGAUGUAUAUUAUUGUUAAAGGUGGUAUGGUUAUAAAACUGUUUAUAUUUUAAGAUAUUAUAACAAUGUUAAGAGAAGUCAUAAAGUUGGAAAACGUAUCUUGGAAAUUAAGUAGUUCUAUGUACCCAUGGUGGCGCAUUCGUAUAUACAUGCGAAAUAUCGAUGUUAUUUAAACAUACGUUUACUUAAAAUUUUUUAUUGGUCAUGUUGACAAUUAUAAAUUGUUCUUUUUUUCGAAUCGAGCAUAUGCUAUAUAUAUAACAUAAGCAUUGUACAAAUAAUUAAACAUUUUUCAUAGUUUGUUUCACUAUGGUCAUGAAGUUAAAUGAACAAAUUCAUAUGUUAACAUUUCUUUAUAAUUCAUUUCGUUAUAAGCAUAUCCUGAGAAUGUGAGUUCGGUCAAGUGUUGAUCUGUGGCACCGUAAAGAUGGCAACUGUCAAAAGCAAUACUAUAAAUAGGACUUGACCUGCGCCAAUUCAGGAAGUAAAUCUAAAACGAAACAACAACAUAAAGUUAAAUAUUAUUUGAUAUGUGUAAAAAUAUUGUUAAGUUAGGUAAGAAAUUACCUGUACAAACUGCUUCUGUCUUUGAUCCCACAACACAGCUUUACAAUUAAACUGUGUUCCAGAAACUAAAGUAUAAUUGUAAUCUGAAGAAAUACAGUACAAUGUUGCACUUGUAGGAUCACCCCAUGAUGAUACGCACAUUCCACUUCUAUAGAAUAACAGGGAUUAGUGAAAUUAAUCAUACUAUAUAAAGGGAAAAUAUAUAUAUAUAUAAUAUUUACCUCAAAUCCCAUUUUCUGAUAUAAGUAUCAUAUCCACAUGUAAGAAGAGUAUUUGCGUUAUCCCAAACCAUGUCUAAUAUUCCUGCUCCUCGUCUCCAAUUGAGCUUUAAUACAUUUGAUAUACUGCAACUAAAAUAUGAUUUGAUGAGACAGUUAAAUUAUUAUUCGUACAGAAGAUGAAAAUUUGUAUAAAUGUAAUAUUAAAUAUUUCGAAAGAUAAUA